AUAUAUAUGUAUGUAUAUUUAUAUAUAUCAACAAAGGCUCACAUAAUUCCCUUGUUCCAUCAAGACAUUUAAACCGGCUGUUGACAUUUUUACGCUAACACCGAUAUCGUUCCACUUUUGAAGAUCCACUUUUUAUAAACAACACACAAGCAGUCACGUAUUUCGUCAGUUAUGGCUUCGAAUAUCAACAUAUCUAUAUUACCGCACGUCGCUACCAGACUAUUUUUCCUCGUUUUAUUUGAUGUAGCUGUAGUUAUUGCCUUUCUCGAUAUCGACGAACUCAAGUCGGUACACUAUGGUAUUGAGAUAUCGAAAGAACCAAUUUUAUUACCUCAGGAAACCCUACCAACGUCAGUUCAUCUGAAGUCAAAGUAUGGGCAACAGUAUCACUGCAACUACCCUGAUCAUCAUGAAUAUGAAAAACAAACUGAAGAUAGUGAAAGAGUUGCCAUGGAGACUGGCAUUCCUGAACUACUGAAGCCAUUAGCUAAUAAGUCUUGUUUAUAUAAGACAAAAGAUUGGUGGACGUAUGAGUUCUGUUACGGCAAAUACAUCCGGCAAUAUCACCUAGAAGGUAACCCUAUUGAAAACCCUCCACAACAAUAUACCUACUUAGGAUAUUUUGAAUCUGAAUACAAAUGGGAAAACAGAACUAAUGAAGAGAUUAUAUUACGGAACAAACACCUGCAGAAUCGAUACCACAGCCAGUGGUAUGUGAAUGGCAGCAGAUGUGACUUAAGUGGAAAAAAUCGCCGGACUGAAGUGCGAUUUAUGUGUGAAAAGGACACCAUUGAUUAUGUUGGACGUAUAGAUGAACCUGAGACAUGUGUGUAUAUGUUGACAGUGUACACUUCAAUUAUUUGCCACCAUCCUUAUCUCAAACCUCCAACACCCAACAAACCUGUACCAAUUAUAUGUAAUCCUGUUCUGGCCCAAGAUCAGUUUGAUAAAUAUUUAGAACACAAGCAAAAUGAAGAAAAAAAGAAAAUUGAAAAAAUCGAAGAACAGAUAGAAGAAUUGAAAAAUGUUGAUUCCACAAAAGAUGCAUCAUUAACAGGAAAUGGCAAAGAUGUCGACAUAAAGAUCAUCAUCAUUGAAAACCCGGCAGCAUACAAGGAGAUGCUGUCCUUGGUGGAGAAGUCCCUCUCAAAGGAUGCUCCUGUUGAUGGAGCAACAUCCUCAAAAGUGUCUGGCUCUGACAAAACACAACACUUAGCUAAGAGCAAGAAGCGUACCUGGCCAUUUCUGUUGCCAAAAAAGAGCAAAAGUGCUAAAGGUGAUAGAGGAGAUGAAGAAGAGGAGGAAGAAGAGGGGAAAGAUAAAGAAAAAGACCAGGGAGGAGAGGAAGAAGCAGGCUCAAACAUGGAGGCAGUGAAGAAAGAAGAGAAGGAAGAAGCAGUGGAAAAUAAUAAAGGUGAUAGGGACAGUAAAGAGGAAAGUGAUUUCCUCCAACAUGCUUCUGAAAUGGUUGAAAAAGAAUUGAAUGAUAUCCUUCAAAGUGAAAAACACCAAGAACCACAAACUGAAACUGAAAAAUGGAUGUACAAUUAUUUAGACAAAGAGAUGAAGAAAAUCGAAAAUAUGAUUAAAGACUAUUCAAAAUAUGUAAAAAAUGUUGGUGAACAAUUUUCCAUGGAAUCUGAUGCUAAAGAGGAUUCAGAAAGUCAUUCCUCAGAAACAGAUAACCUGCAUAAAGACCCUUUAACUGACACAAGCUCUGCAAAUGAUGCACCCUCACCAUCCUCAGAUCCUGAUGGGGUAACACCAGCUGCUAGUGAUGAAGAGCAAACAGACAAACUAUCUGACAGUGCAACAGAUAAAGAAGCUGACAAUAAUGUUAAAGUCCGUGUAAGUAAACUCGGGCAGGGCGGACUCUUGAAUGAUGAAGAAGAUGUAAUGGAUAAAGAAAAUAAUAAACUAGAAGAAUCUGUUAAAGAAGGAUUAGAAAAAGCUGGAAUACAACUAUCAGGUGAUAAAGUAAAAGUACGAAUUUUCUCUACCGGUUUCUCUGGGAAGGACACAAUCAAGAUCUCAAAGGAAGAAGCAAAUGCUGUGAAGAAUAUGGUAAUUACUGUCUUGAGCGACAACCACCAACUUCUGAAAGAAAACGAAAAACAGAAACAGCUGGAAGAAAAUUAUUCGUUUGUGUGGAAAGACGGUGGGAAAAAGCAGCAGUCACAGAAGGAAACUCCCAAAUCAGCCACGUAGUUAUUCACUGAAGAGGAAAGAAAUUUCAACAUUGAGAAAUACUGCAACAAUAAAAUUAACAACCACCUCAGCAACAACAACAAUGACAGCCACUGCAGCAGCAACAACAACAACAACAACAACAACUGUGUCACUAGUAGUAGUAGCAGGAGCAGCAGCAGCAGUCACAACAAUAGAAAUUAUUACUUAAUUGCUACACCUUGUUCUCCUGCUCAGCCCUUGGUCAUGAAUAUAUAUACAUAUAUAUAUAUAUAUAUAUAUAUAUAUAUACAUACAGAGAGAGAGAGGGGACCGACUGGGCUCCCUUCCUUUCUCUUACCUUAUUUCUUUUACCUGUACUAUCACUUUCUCUCUCUCUCUCCCUUACAGACUGAUUUUUUUGUUACACUCAAACUCUUUUCAGAAUCUGUCCAAUAAAUACAAUCAUAUUAUAUACACAUAUACUCUCUUACACACACACACACACACACACACACACACACACACACAUUCUCUGUCAUUCCCGUAUAGACAUGCUUCCCUCCUCUUUGGAUAGUACAGAUAUACAUGUGUUCAUGCAUGCAUCACUGUGCACACAUGUAUCCAUGUGCACAUGGAUAUGUAGACAGAUAUGGAUGUUUUCAUGCAUGCAUAUCUGUGCAUCUGUAAGACAUACAUACAGUUCUUCAUUUUUUCUGUGUCACACACACACUCACACACACACACUCACACACACACACACACACAAUUUCCGCCUAAAUUCUCUCUCAAACACAUACAUAAUUCAAUGUCUCCAUGCUUACAUGCAAACAGACAUGGCAUAUUUACAGACCAUGUACUCUAAACGUCUUCAUGCACUUUCCUGUUCUAAAUGACAUACUCUUCUCAGCCACUCCACACCUUUCGGUCCUCUCUCUCCCUCUCUCUCUCUCUCUCUCUCUCUCUCUCUCUCCUCUCUCGUGCCUUAAUGUACAGAAUAUAACUUUUGUUUUUCUUUACUACUCAGAUGUUGAAUUUAAUAUAUUUCAAGAAAAAGAAAUUAAACGUAUACAAACACACACACACACACUCAUUGUGAGAGUGUUUGCACAUACACCUUUAUAUGCUUACAUACACGUAGGCAUAUAAAUGUGUGUGUGUAUAUAUAUACAUAUGUACACACACACACACACAUGUAAGCACUCGUGCAUAUAUACAUAUUCAU